AUGGAUGGAAAAAUUGCCGCAUUAUGUAAUGAACGACGUACGGACUGGGAUGAAGUAUUACAAUUUGUUACAUUUAAUUAUAAUACAUCAAUACAUGCAACAACGAAACAAACACCAUUCGAAAUGAUGCAUGGAAGACAAGUUACACUUCCAUUUGAUCAACAAAAAGAAAUUAUUUCGCUCACACAAGAUCCAGAGCAUAGUCAAAAAAUUAGAAUAUAUCUUGAAAAAUUAGUAAAUGAAGCUCGGAACAACAUUAUAAAAAAUCAGCAACAAUAUAAAGCUCGAUAUGAUUUACAUAGACAAGAUUUAUUAUUAAAAGUCAACGAUUUAGUUUUAGUAAAAACAAGAAAUGUUAGAAAUAAAUUUGAUAUACGAUAUGAAGGUCCGUUUAAAAUUAUUAAACAAUUAGGAAUUAAAACAUUUAUUGUCCAACAUGUAAAAAAAUUAACAUUAACAAGACAAGUGACAAUGGAUGUUAUCGUUCCAUUGGUGGAACGAUGGAAUUUAAUUCAAUAA